CAAACGGCAGAGGUCCUAAACUAUAAAAACAGCGAAACCUUGUGUUUCUGUGUUCAUCACUUUCCUCCAAAGUGAAAACUAGCGACCACACUGUGUUUCUUCUUCCAGGUUGAGCACUUUCUACUGCGUGGAAGCUUCUCCCUUUUAUCCUUAGCUAUGGCUUUCAGUGAUGAUGACCAAGAUACAACCUUUGAACAGAUAUAUCGUUGUUACCCUGUCUCCUUCAUCGAGAAGUCAAAUCUGGAAAAGGGUGAUAAAAUCAUCAUGCCCCCUUCAGCCCUCGAUCGCCUCGCAUCCUUGCACAUAGACUACCCUAUGUUGUUUCAGCUUAGCAAUCCUUCCGCUGGGAAAGUCACUCACUGCGGUGUCCUCGAAUUCGUAUCUGAUGAAGGGAUGAUAUAUAUACCAUAUUGGAUGAUGGAAAACAUGCUCCUACAAGAGGGAGACACUGUGUGUGUGAGAAACACCAGUCUUGCAAAAGGAACAUAUGUGAAGCUACAACCUCACACCAAGGACUUUUUGGAUAUCACCAAUCCAAAAGCUAUCCUAGAGACUUCCCUAAGGAAUUACUCAUGUUUAACAACCGGUGACACUAUAAUGGUUGCUUAUAACAGCAAGAAGUAUUACAUUGACAUUGUUGAAACAAAACCCUCUCCUGCAGUCAGUAUAAUUGAAACAGAUUGUGAAGUUGAUUUUGCAGCACCUCUUGAUUAUAAAGAACCUGAGAAACCAGCACCCUGUGCUCUAUCCAAAAGGAAACAUUCGGAAGUUGAAGAUGAUGAGCCACCAACGACAAAGGUUCCGCAAUUCAGUCCAUUCACUGGCUCCGGAAGACGUUUAGAUGGAAAACCUUCAAGUUCAACACAAUCAGCCGAUCAAACUUCCUCUCCAAACAAAAAGCAGAAACAAAGCAACGAUGAAACAGAAGGCUCUGAUUCUAAAUCAUUGAAUACCACUUCACGUAGACAUUCUGGAAAACUUGUGUUUGGGUCAAAUGCAGCUAAAUUUGACACUCAGAGACCACUGCCGAAGGCUUCUGAGAAUAUCACUAAGCAAGAUUCAUCACAGAAGCAAGAAGCACCGAAAUUCCAAGCUUUCACGGGAAAGAAGUAUUCAUUGAAUAGUUGAUCCUUAUUAGGCUUUCUUUUCUAUUGAUUAUUUUGGAUAUAGUGAAAUAGAAUUGAGCCUGCUUUCAUUAUGGCAUAUCAUGAUUCUUCUUGUGUAGUAUAUUGAUCAUUCUUAGUGUAGUAGUACCUCUUGAAUCAUGAAAUUAUCACAUCUAGAAACUAAGGAAUAUCUCUUGUCCAUAAUAGCUACUACAUUUCGGACUUAUUUGUGAUGCUUUAUUAGCCAAUUAUUUUCUCAAUUUCUUCUCA